AUGGACAAGGAAAAGUCAUUAGCCCUUCUUGAUUAUUACGCUAAGGUAGAGAGGGAAAUACAGAGUCUUGACACCACCUUCCUUGAUUUGCUGAAAACAAGCGAGGGCGACGUCCUUUCUAAGAUCAAGACAAGAAUAAAAGGAAUGCAAGACAGAGAUUAUGUUCUUCUCGUGGCAGGGGAGAUCGGUGCAGGCAAAAGCAGCAUGUUGAACCUAAUUCUUGGUGAAGAGCUUUUGCCAUUUUCUGUUUUGAGUACAACAUCUACAAUUUGUGAAUUGAAAUAUGGAGGAGAGAAAAGGAUAAAGAUACACUAUAAAGAAGAAGGAAAGGCUCCGGAGAUCACGCAUCUUAACGAAUCCUUGCACUACAUAGAUCAAAUAUCAGAAUUUGUUCAUGUCAAGUCUGCAAGUUUGAGAGAAAAGGCAUCAAGCUACAAAAAGGUGGAACUGUUUUGGCCUCACAGGUUAUUACAGGACGGCGUUGUCAUCGUUGACAGCCCUGGCAUCGGGGAGUCAGAGAAUGAUGAAAUUGUUCUGAACUACUUGCCAAAUGCCUUUGCUUUCAUCUAUGUCAUCAACAGCAGCAAUGCUGGAGGAGUUCAGAAAGAUCGGUGGGACACCAUACCAACCCCACAGGGAAAAGUGGUCAUGGAACACAUUACCAACAAGUUGAGUCAGUGUUUGCCAGAUCUAGACACAAAUACUCAAAUUAUCCGCCUUUCAACUUCUAAAGCUCUUGCAGCCCAGAAGUAUGGAGUCAUGAAUUCAGAAUUUGCCUCACUUACAGACAAGAUAGGCUGUCUGGUGUCGAAAAGCAUCGAAACAAGACUUGAACAACAUUGGAGGUAG